GGUGGCCGAGAAGGUUCAGACAAAUACAAAAGCAACAACACAAACGCAAACGCCACAACACAACACGAACGCCAAAACACAAAAUACAAAAGCCACAUCACAACCGCAAAUGCCGCAACGCAACACGAACGGCGCAACACAACACGAAAGCCAAAACGGAAGUAGCUGCCCACGGGAGCGAGCGUAUUUUGGAGGAACGCCCACGGGAGCGAGCGUAUUUUGGAGGAACGGAGCUGGAGGAUGCCAGAUCGUUUAAGAAAUUAGUACAUGAUGUAUUGCCCUUUUUGUGGGUUCAACCUGCAUGCAGAAACAGCAUUCUGCAGUUCAUGUGGCAAGAAUAUCACAUUUCUCAAAGAUGCUGCAAGACCUGGGACAAGUGAAGCAGGAACUGGAUGCACAGGAAAUAGUGCAGUGGCUACAUUCCUGAAUUUCAGAAGUUUAAAAGAGAAAGAGAGGCAAUCAUCUUUCAAAAAGAAAAAAGAACCCCUGAAAGACAGCCGUGUGAAGAUUUCAGUUGGUAUUAUGCACGUAAAGGAUGGGGUGUUGAAACCUGUGAGAGGAAUGACACUUGCCCUUGUCGUGCAACCAGAGUGGGAUGCAGAGCAAUUUCGCAAAGCAGCUGUACAGAAAAUGAAAGAUUUUAACAAACAUUUAGAGGCUGGUCCCUACCUUCUGCUCUACCCUGAUGGUACAAAGGUAAUAAAUAUUCCCGGGACAGAAACAGCCUUCUCUCUGAAACUCUACAAGGAUGCAGUUGGGAAGUCUUGGCAACGCCUCACAUUGUACAUUUGUACUGUGGAAGAUUUCCUUACUAAUUCUGAGCAAUUAAACUCAGACUCGUCUGAUUCAGAGGUGAUCAUCACAAGCAGAAGUGCUGCUGAAUUCAAUUCAGCUGAUACAGUACUAUUUGAACCAAUCUUGACCAGUUCCAGUAUUGGUUUUGAUGAAACUCCACACCGUGAUCCAGAAACUAUGAUCGUACCAUCCGAAGCAGAAGGCGGCCCAGAAACAUCAGAACGUGCAAUGGAAACUACAAGUUAUAGCAAAUACACAGAACUGUAUGCACCCAUUAUAGCAGAGGAUUCAGAGGACUCCGGAGACAGUGAUGCUGUCACUCAUGAUAUUUCAGAGGAUCCAGAGGUAGAACAGCGAUCCAUUUCGGAAGUGAUUGCAAACCUGGCACUUCAGAUUGAUCGCCAUGUUGUCAGCAGAUUUCACAUUUGUCGCUCUGACAUCUGGGAUGGGGCCGUCAGAGGAUUCAAAAGAGGAACCUUCUCCGAAAAAAAGGACCUCCUAGUAAAGUUUUCUGAUGAUGCAGGUUUCUUUGAGGAAGGUAUUGAUACAGGUGGCCCAAAAAGAGAAUUCCUCUCACUCUUAAUGAAAAGCCUGAACAAACGACCCAUAUUUGAUGGACCUGCAGAGAGCCGCUACCUUGUCUACAACUCAACAGCAAUCAGAGAGGACGAAUAUAGUUUGGCUGGGAAGAUGAUUGCUGUAUCCAUAGUACAUGGAGGACCAGGUCCAAAUUUCCUCUCCAAGGAUCUGGUCAGCCACAUCUCAGGGCAGUCCAGUUUCAACGCAUGCAUAGAGGACAUUACAGAUGAGGAAAUAGGGAAAGUGUUACAAAAGAUACACAAUGCAUCCUCAUUGGAGAUCCUUCAAGACCUAAUGGUACAGAACAGCACCAUGUUGCAGACAGCAGGGUGCUUCAAACAUGUAAGGACAGUGGAGGAUAAGCAGUCAAUUGUAAAGGACUACCUCAGGUGGUACAUCAUUGACAGAAACCACAGUGCCAUUGAAAGAUUCAAGGAUGGGCUUUCCAGCUUGCAGGUGUUAACAGUGCUGCAGCAGCAUCCUGAAGUGCUGACACCUGUUCUCUGCCUGUCAGAUAAAAGAUUAUCUGCUACGGACAUUGAGAAUAUCUUCCGACCAGAGCUAAGUCUACGUGGAAGCAACAAGAGGGUACAGGAGGAAAAAACACUUUCUUUCUGGGCAGACUACCUUCUAGAUUGUGAAGAAAGUCAAAGUGAAGUAACCCUGGAGGAGGUCUUCAUGUUUGCUACAGGUGUGCCAUGCAUACCUCCUGCUGGUAUGGAACCUCAGCCACGCCUUCACUUCCUGGCCAGUUCAACACUUCCCAUGGCAAAUACAUGUGCCAAUACUUUAAUGUUGCCUCUACUCAACAAUUACAGCACAUUCAAGGAAAAAAUGACCUUCGGGAUUAAGAAUUCCCCUGGCUUUGGAUGUAUUUAGAUUGUUGUUGUUGUUUGGCCCAGUUUUGCCAAUUUUUAUGUUUGUGUGUUUUUAUGUUUAUGUUUGGUUAAAUAACUACAGUGUACUUGUUUAUAGACUGUAUAUAACCAUUUCUUUGAAUAAAAAUAACAUUUUGUGAA